GGGCGGGGAUUCUUAAGGCGGAAGCCGCACGUUCAUGUUCAACGUUUGAAGGCGCGUGUGUUUUUGUGUGUGUGUGUAACGGAGUGUGAGUGGGUUCCUUCCGUUCCUCGCAACCGAUUGCUUUGCUUAAGCAGCGGGGUUGCAAGGGUUUUUGUUGGAGUGUAGAAAAUUGUGUUGUUAUUUAGUGUGUGUUCGGGAAACGUGGUGUCGAACUUGGGGUUUGAGCAGGCGGACAUACUGAGACGCGGCGUGUCGUUGCUUUGUGAGUGUGAGGAGGAGUAUAGGGCGUGGUUGGUCGUGUGAUGGCAGGUGUUGGUCCUGCGUGUGUGAGAUCUGUGGCAAGUCAGGGUUUCGGAGCUCCAUGCGUGGGGCUGCCGCAGAGGAAUAGGGGUGUGAGAGGUCUCAGCGGCUGUGGGUUGCCAGAGAGAGUCUCUUCUGGCAAGUUUUGUUCUUCGUCUGGAAAGGGUGGAUUCUUUGCGGGGAAGAAGGACGGGUUCUCCAUCAGAUGCUCCAGCUUGCCUGGAGAUGGUGUUGCUGCAGGUACCCCGAAAACUGUGAUUAAAAGCUCCUGUUCCAAAAUUUUGCGUUGGUCCGAAGAGGACGUUGUGAGCUCGGGAGGUGUUCCUGUUGUACAAGCCUUACCCGAUGACGCAGAGACGCAUAGUGGCGCAAAUGGGAUGCUGGUGGAGUUGCGUGAGACCGACAGGCCGCAGCCAAUUGGAAGUGGCACGUAUGGGUCCGGAAAUCAGUUGAGUAUGGAGAUGGCUGUAAACGAGGCGCAGACCAUGACCGCAACCAUGUACAGGCCCAAGCUGCUUUGGUUUACCAAAUCUGAGGAUGAAGAAAGUAGAUUACUUGAUAGGACGUUCAACGCUCUCUUGGCUGGGGCUGCCAUAUCGUACGCUGUUACUAAAGCCGUCACCGUUGAUCACGAUGUCUGGCAUGGGUGGACUGUAUUUGAGGUUCUCAAGUAUGCCCCUCUCCACAACUGGCAUGCGUAUGAGGAAUUUCUUAGUGCUAAUCCAGUUCUGGCGAAGAUGAUGAUCAGUGGAGUUGUGUACUCGAUUGGAGAUUGGAUUGGGCAGUGUGUAGAGGGAAAACCGGUUCUCGAGUUCAGCAGAGUCAGGCUUCUGAGAUCAGGUCUUGUUGGAUUUUGCCUUCACGGCUCUUUGUCACACUACUACUAUCACGUUUGCGAGUUUUUGUUUCCGUUUCAAGGAUGGUGGGUAGUCCCAGUGAAAGUAGCAUUCGACCAGACCAUCUGGUCGGCUAUUUGGAAUAGUAUCUACUUCAUAACUCUAGGAUUGCUUCGAUUUGAGUCUCCCGUUAGGAUACUCAAGGAUUUAAGAGAAACAUUCUUCCCUCUUUUGACGGCUGGCUGGAAGCUGUGGCCCUUUGCGCAUCUUAUCACGUAUGGUUUGGUUCCCGUCGAACAGCGUCUGCUGUGGGUAGACUGUGUGGAGAUUCUUUGGGUUACUAUUCUCUCUGUAUUUGCCAACGAGAAAGCUCAGCAGAGAAUGGAAAUAAGUGAAGUAGAGACAGUGGCAGUGUUAAGCUCUGGAGACGCAGUAGAGCAGAAACUCCCCAUUGAAGAUUCCCAAUAACAGUGGAUAGUCUUGAGUCUCUUGUCAGAAUCUCCAUCAAUUGUGUAUCUGUAACUGUCUUACAGUCAAGGCUGUGAAUUUGAAACAAUCUGCGAGGGAGAGUGGGGGAUUUUGUACAUAGUAGAGUUUUCCUCAUCGUGAAGCGGUGCUGUCCUUUCGCUCUGCUUGUAGAAAGUUGUAGUGUAAUGGUAGCUGGUGGGAAAUCCUCACUCACAGAGCUGUUUUGGAAUUUUUUUAGAAGUGUAACGUAUUUGAGGGAUUUCAUCAUAAAUCGAAGUGCAUGUGCGUUUAGAUUUAUUAUUUUCGAGAGUAACCAGUGAUAAGAUCCAAGCUGAUAGAACGAGGGUCUGUAAUACGAUUAUUUCAUCGUUUCAUCCAUAUCAUUUGUAGCGUAUUGAUCACUUGUAUUCACUGGUUGAUUAGAAAUGAAUGGAAUAGUUAUGAAAGGCGAAAA